GCACAGCCCGCAGGGCGCGGAUCGCGGCGGGGAUGGCCGUGCCCGAGCCGGACGCGCGGCUGGCGCAGGAGAAGGAGGAGGAGAGCGAGGAGGAGAGCGAGGUGCUGGAGGAGAGUCCCUGCGGCCGCUGGCAGAAGCGCCGCGAGCAGGUGAACCAGGGGAACAUGCCUGGCAUCCAGAGCACCUUCCUGGCCAUGGACACCGAGGAGGGCGUGGAGGUGGUGUGGAACGAGCUGCUCUUCACUGACAGGAAGGCCUUCAAAGCUCACGAGGAGAAGAUCCAGACCAUGUUUGAGCAGCUGGUGCUGGUGGAUCACCCCAACAUCGUCAAACUGCACAAGUACUGGCUGGACGUCAGGGAUAGCAAGGCCCGGGUCAUUUUCAUCACAGAGUACGUGUCCUCCGGGAGCCUCAAGCAGUUCCUGAAGAAAACCAAGAAGAACCACAAGGCCAUGAAUGCCCGGGCCUGGAAGCGCUGGUGCACCCAAAUCCUCUCAGCUCUCAGUUUCCUGCACUCCUGUGACCCCCCCAUCAUCCACGGGAACCUGACCAGUGACACCGUGUUCAUCCAGCACAACGGGCUCGUCAAGAUCGGCUCCGUUUGGCACCGGGUGUUUGCCAACGCGCUCCCGGACGAUCUGCGCAGCCCCAUGAGGAUCGAGCGCGAGGAGCAGCGGAACCUGCACUUCUUCCCUCCGGAAUACGGCCAGAAGGCAGACGGGACGGCCGUGGACAUCUUCUCCUUUGGGAUGUGCGCACUGGAGAUGGCCGUGCUGGAGAUCCAGACCAACGGGGACACGCGGGUGUCGGAGGAGGCGAUUGCGCGGGCCCGGCACUCCCUGGAUGACCCCAACAUGAGGGAGUUCAUCCUGUCCUGCCUGACCCUGAACCCCGACCGGCGCCCCAGCGCCAACAGCCUCCUGUUCCACCGCGUGCUCUUCGAGGUGCACUCGCUGAAGCUGCUGGCAGCUCACUGCUUCAUCAACCACCAGUAUCUGAUGCCCGAGAACGUGGUGGAGGAGAAGAUCAAGGAGCUGGACCUGAACAUGGUGAUGGCAGAGAUCCGCAGGGAGGGGCGGCCCGCAGUGCAGUGGAGGUACUCCGAGGUUUCCUUCCUGGAGCUGGACAAGUUCUUGGAGGACGUCAGGAACGGGAUUUACCCCCUGAUGAACUUCGCCGCCUCCCGGCCCCACGCGCUGCCCCGAGCCCUGUCCCAGCCCCCGGAGGACCCACAGAAAGCCAAAACCCCCACGCCAGAGCCCUUCGACGUGGAGACCAGGAAGGUGGUGCAGAUGCAGUGCAACAUGGAGCUGAACGAGGACAAGAGCCAGUGGCACCUCACGCUCCUGCUGAUCCUGGAGGACAAGCUGCACCGCCAGCUCAGCUACGACCUGCUGCCCACUGACAACUCCAAGGAUUUGGCCACAGAGCUGGUGCAUUACGGGUUCAUCCACGAGGACGACUGCGAGAAGCUGGCCGCGUUCCUGGAGAGCGCCUUCCACAAGCACCGCUCCCAAGCCCUGUGAGCCCAGCCCAGGGGACUGAGGCGCCCCGGGAGGACCCCAGAGGGCUCCCCGGCCCCAGCCAGCCCAGCAGGACCCACCGGGCCCACGGGGACUCGCCCAGGCCGUGCUCAGGGCUCGGCCAAGCCCAGGAGUUCAUCCUGGGCCCUGCUCUGGUCCCUGCUCCGAGGGGAGCACCCUCGGCAGGGCCUUGCCAGGGGGUUUGGGAGCUGCUGCAGGAGCCCCCAGCCGGAUCCACGUCCCUCUGGGGAGGACCAGCCCCUCUCCUGCAGCUCCCACAGCUGAUUCCUGCCCCUUUGCCAUCCGGAGCGCUCCUUGCUGAGGGGAGGGAGGGGAGGAGCAGGCUUGGAGAGCCCCGUGGAGCUUCCCAUGUGCCACAUUCCACUCUGGAGCCCAGAAUUCUCCAGGUCUGGGGUCUGCAGGAUGCUGCCUGUGCUCAGAGCCCUCCCCGUGAGCUGGACGUGAGAAGGAAUCCCUGACCCACCACCAGGAACGUCGCUGAUGCUCCACAGAACCCUUGGCAUGGCCCAGCUCCCCCUGCAGCCUUCCACAAUCUCUCAGAGAGGGCCCUUGAGCUGUUCCUGCCCGGCCUGGAGAUGGGGCACUGCCCCUGGGCUGCCCUUUGCCAGGGGCACACGGGGAGAGAACUGCAGACAGAAAUGUCCCUGUGCAAGGGCCAUGUGGGGCUGCUCCAGCUGUGCCAGGGAGAGCUGGCCCUGAAAUCCUGCCCUGAAAUCCUGCUGUGCCAGGCAGAGCUGGCCCUGAAAUCCUGCUGCUGCUGUGCCAGUGCUGCUCCUGCUGCUCCUGCUGUGCCAGGGAAAGCUGGCCCUGAAAUCCUGCUCUGUGCUGUGCCAGGGAAAACUGCUCUGAAACCCCGCUCUGUGCUGCUGCUGCUGUGCCAAGGAAAGCUGCUCUGAAAUCCUGCUCUGUGCUGGUGCUGCUCCUGCUGUGCCAUCGGAAACAGGCUCUGGAAUCCUGCUCUGUGCUGUGCCAGUGUUGCUCCUGCUGUGCCAUAGGAAACUGGCUCUGGCACCCUGGGCCAUGCUGCUCUGUGCCAGAGUUUGUGCCAGUGCUGCUCCUGCUGCUCCUACCAGGGAGAUCUGCCCCUGGCACCCUGCUCUGUGCUGUGCUGGUCCUGUUCCCACUGUGGCAAGGAAAGCUGGCUCUGGCAUCCUGCUCUGUUCUGUGCUGAUGCUGCUCCUGCUGUGCCAGGGAAAACCACCUCUGGCAUCUUGCUCUAUGCUGGUGCUGCUCCUGCUGUGCCAUCAGAAACAGGCUCUGAAAUCCUGCUCUGUGCCAGGGUUUGUGCCAGUGUUGCUUCUGCUGUACCAGGGAAAACCACCUCUGGCCUCCUGCUCUGUGCUGGUGCUGCUCCUGCUGCUCCUGCCGUGCUGGGGAUAUCCAGCUCUGGCGCUGUCCUGGUGAUCUACACCAUGCUGGUGUUCCAUGACAGUGCCCUGUGCUGUGCCAGUGCUGCUCCUGUUGUGCCAUAGGAAUCCAUCUCCGGCAUCCUGUGCUGUGCCAGUGCUCUGUGCUGCUCCUGCUGUGCCAGGGAAAGCUGCCACUGGCACCCUGCUCUGUGCUGGUGCUGCUCCUGCUGUGCCAGGGAAAUCUGCCCCUGGCCUCCUGCUCUGUGCUGUGCUGAGCCAGUGCUGCUGCUGCUCCUGCUGUGCAGGGGAAACUGGCUCUGGCACCCUGCUGGUGUUCUGUGCCAGGGCUGCUCCUGCUGUGCCAGUGGAAUCCGGCUCUGGCAUCCUGUGCUGUGCCAGUGCUCUGUGCUGCCCCUGCUCUGCCAGGGAAAUCUGCCCCUGGCACCCUGUGCUGUGCCAGUGUUGCUCCUGCUGUGCCAGGGAAAUCUGCCCCUGGCACUCUGCUCUGCGCUGGUGCUGCCCCUGCUGCUCCUGCUCUGCUGGGGGAAUCAGCUCUUCAGCUCUGGUGCUGUCCUGGUGAUCUGCACCAUGCUGGUGUUCCAUGCCAGUGCCCUGUGCCAGUGCUGCUCCUGCUGUACCAGAGGAAUCCUGUGCUGUGCCAGUGCUCUGUGCUCCUCCUGAUGUGCCAGGGAAAUCUGCCCCUGGCAUCCUGUGCUGUGCUGGUGCUGCUCCUGCUGUCCUGGGGGAAUCAGCUCUGGUGCUGUCCUGGUGAUCUGCACCACGCUGGUAUUCCAUGCCAGUUCCCUUUGCCGGUGCUGCUCCUGCUGUGCCAGGGAAAUCUGCCCCUGGCACCCUGCCCUGUGCCAGUGCUGUGCCAGUGCUCUGUGCUGCUCCUGUUGUGCAGGGAAAUCUGCCCCUGGCACCCUGCUCUGCACUGCUCCGUGCUGGUGCUGCUCCUGCUGUGCCAGGGAAAGCUGCUCUGAAAUCCUGCUCUGUGCUGUGCUGUGCCAGUGCUCUGUGCUCCACCUGCUGUGCCAGGGAAAUCUGCCCCUGGCAUCCUGCUCUGCACUGCUCCGUGCUGCUCCUGCUGUGCAGGGAAAACUGUCCCUGGCAUCCUGCUGGUGUGCUGUGAUGUGCUGGUGCUGCUGUGCCAGGGAAAGCUGUCCCUGGCAUCCUGCUGGUGUGCUGUGAUGUGCUGGUGCUGCGCUGGUGCUGCUGUGCCAGGGAAAGCUGCUCUGAAAUCCUGCUCUGUGCUGUGCCAGGGAAAGCUGCUCUGAAAUCCUGCUCUGUGCUGUGCCAGUGCUGCUGCUGUUGCUCCCCUGUGCCAUGGGAAGCUGCCCCUGGCACCCUGAUCCCUGCAGGAGCUCCGUGUGCCACCACCUGCCCUGCGCUGCUCCUGCUCCAGCUGCAUCCCACCGGGAUUUCACCCACGCUCAGCCAGCUUGGGCUGCACUCCUGGAUUGGGCUGCAUUCCUGGCUUGGGCUGCAGCCUCAGCAGUGCUGCAUCCCCAGCAGUGCUGCAUCCCCAGCAGUGCUGCAUUCCCAGCCCUGCUCCAUCCCCAGCAGCGCUGCAUUCCCAGCAGUGCUGCAUCCCCAGCAGUGCCAAUGUCCCACCUGACAAAUCAAUAAAGCCCAUCCCCACAAAUCAAUAAACCAUUCUCACUGUUCCA